AUGGCCGCUUUCCGGCCGGUUAACACGCUGCUCGCCGCUGCUGCCCAGAAUGAAGACGAAAUGACGACAUCUCCUCUCACCCCUCGGCCAAACACAGCGCCGCACGCCCAACAACGACCUGACACGAUUCCCGAGGAUGCAGCAACGCCCACGAGGGCUUCUUUUGCCGGGAACGCUCUGGCUUCACAGAAGCCCCUCCCUUCGUCGCCCUUCCCCGAUGCCGUGCAGAUCCCCGAGUCGGCUGAUGGUAGCGUACCGACGCGAGAAAACUCUCGACACUCGAGAAAGUCUCGAGAUUCGGAAGACGUCGACAUGGACGAUUCGGAUGGCGAGACGGCCGCCGGCGACGAAGGCGUUUCCGACGAUGACAGCGUCACGGAGACGGGUCCAGAACCUGGACGUACGGAGAGGCUCAGUCAGGGCUUGCGUGUGUGGAUGUCGGAUGGAGUCGUCGGACGAAAGACGUUGGACGAAUGA